CUAAUACCGAGGCAGACUUUUACCCACAAGCACCAGCUGCUGUCAACCAACAUAUCAAAGUUCCGCGUCGUGGAGCUCCGUGUCCGGGACAGCGUUUUAUUUACCUCUGCGGAGUCUGAGAAGAGAGACAGCUGAUCGGCAUGGCCUCGUCUGAUGAUACAGAAGGGUCUCUGACUCCUGUGGAUUUUAUCCAGCUGCAGCAUUACAUGGAAUACAGCAGUUUGCGUGUGAAAGAUGUGAUUAAGGAGUUUCACCCAGGGGGCCGGCUGGGCCAGCACAGCUUUGGAGAGCGCGUCGAUGCCGUGGGCUUCUGUCUCUUUCUCAAGACCUACCUAGAAGUGGAUGAGUUCCCCGAAGAUUUCUGUCAACGGCUUUUUCGCUAUUUUCAACACUUUGAGCAGAAUGGAUCCACAAAGAGCCCUCUGCCCAAAGGAGGUGGGGUCUUUCUUCGUGAUGUGUCCUGUUACUUCUCAGUGCUGGAGGAAGGACAGCCACGGGAGAAACUUGAAUUUACUUUCAAACUUUACGAUAAAGACGGCAACGGACUCCUGGACAGCUCUGAGGUGGAUCGUAUAAUCACACAGAUGAUGCGGGCUGCUGAUUACCUCGGCUGGGAUGUGACUGAAAUCAGACCAGUGCUCAAAGACAUGAUGACAGCGAUCGAUGUGGAUGACAGUGGGACUGUCACUCUGGAGGAAUGGUUGAAAGGAGGCAUGAACAACGUGCCUUUACUUGUUCUACUCGGACUGAAGAUGACAGAGAGGGAUGGGCAGCAUAUUUGGAGGAUGAAACACUUUAACAAGCCGACCUAUUGUAGCGUGUGUCAGAGCAUGCUGCUCGGCCUCGGGAAGCAGGGACUCUGCUGCACCUGUUGCAAGUACACCGUCCAUAGUCAGUGUGCCAACAAGAAUCCUGAACCCUGUGCUCGCACCUUUGUCAAAUCAAAAAAGGAGGUGGCGGCUCAUGACUGGAUCAGAGCUGACUGUAACUCCACAAAGUGUCAGGUCUGCCACAAGAAGAUCAAAACUCUAGUGGGGAGGCGCUGUGUGUGGUGCCAGGAGAUGCGUCAUGAUGAGUGUCUUUUCUCUGGCUUAUCGACCUGUGAAUGUGGGCCACUGAGAGAUCAUAUUCUGCCUCCAUGGGCCAUAUAUGCCGUCUCAAAGGAGGAGGACACCAGCUUGUUAAAUGUCACUCCUGAUGGCCACAUCCUGCAGAUUGUUCCAAUUCCAGACACCCACCCUCUGCUGGUGUUUGUAAACCCCAAAAGUGGAGGAAAGCAGGGUGAACGAGUGCUCAGGAAGUUUCAGCACCUGCUGAACCCACGUCAAGUGUACAACCUGUCCAACGGAGGUCCCGCUCCAGGACUGCACUUCUUCCGCAAUCUGCAUAAGUACAGGAUCUUGGUGUGCGGAGGAGACGGCACCGUUGGAUGGAUCCUAGAUGCUAUAGACAAAGAAGACCUUCAGGUGCGUCCUCCAGUAGCUGUCUUGCCUCUGGGCACCGGUAAUGACCUGGCUCGCUGUCUACGCUGGGGAGGAGGCUAUGAGGGGACAGACUUGAGAGAGAUCCUGAAGGAGAUUGAAGCCGGCGAAUUGGUUUCCAUGGACCGCUGGAGCAUCCGGGUGAUACCUGACGACCCCCAGGAGGCGGGAGACCCUGUACCCUACGAGAUCAUCAAUAACUACUUCUCUAUUGGAGUGGAUGCGUCUAUUGCUCAUCGUUUCCACUCCAUGAGAGAGAAACACCCCCAGAGGUUCAACAGUAGAAUGAAGAACAAACUUUGGUAUUUUGAAUUUGCCACUUCUGAGACCAUCUCUGCGUCGUGUAAGAAGCUGAAGGAGUGUCUCACGAUUGAGUGCUGUGGGAGAUCUGUGGACCUAAGCAGCAUGUCUCUUGAGGGCAUAGCUGUCCUCAACAUACCCAGCAUGCAUGGAGGCUCCAACCUCUGGGGCGAGUCCAAGAAGCCUGACAGUGUGCCAGAGAUGGAGCCCAGUGAGGUCAUCACUGACCCAGAAUUGCUAAAAACAAUUUCACAAGAUAUGAGCGAUAAGCGUUUGGAGGUGGUCGGACUGGAAGGAGCCAUAGAAAUGGGACAGAUUUACACCAGACUGAAGAGUGCCGGACACAGACUGGCACAGACUUCCCAAAUUACCAUCAGGACAAUCAAAGCUCUGCCCAUGCAAAUCGAUGGGGAGCCCUGGAUGCAGCCUCCAUGUACUAUCCACAUAAUUCACAAGAACCAAGCCAACAUGCUGAUGGCUGCACCCACAAAACCAUCCGGCUUUUUUCACCUCAAGUAGAUUAAUGGUUCCACUGAAUCCUCAAGCCUGCUGAGGGUCGCCACGGACCGCCGGUAUUAUCGGGGAAAUGAUGCAGGAUGAGUAUUUAAAAGAGAACGUCCGUCACUGAGUGUGUAACUGUGUGUUUUUAUUAUUAAGUAUUAUUGUGUGUGUCUUUUGUGCUUAAUCCCUGGUAUAAUUUUAAAUUAUAUAAACACAGACACUGUAGGCAGAGACAACACUGUUUAAAACUGCAAAAUAUCACUAUUCUAGUCAGAUCGCUGCUAUUGUGUGCCAACUUCAACAAGAUACAUCCAUUUUUUUCCUUUUUGUAAAUAAAAGAGCAGAACAUGUAUCUACAGUAGGAAUAUAUCAGCUUAUUUUAUGUCGUGAUAGCUUUUUCUUGUGGUUGGUCAAAUUAAAGUCUUGUUGAGUUUCAUUUGUACUUCCUAAUGCAGCUGAUGAUGAACUGGCUUUGUUCAGCCUUCAGAAGCUCACAGCAGCUCACCUCAGCACUUUCCUACCUGUCUGUUCUCGUGUCUUUACUGUCUGUGUUCAUCCGUCUGAAAGAAAAUUUAUUUAUUUCAGUGUUUUUUACUGUUUCUUAAAUAGGCUGAAGAAAUAAUGUGAGAAACAUUUUAUUGAAUGUGACUGAAUGUGUUUUUUUUGAAGAUUUGCUCUACAGUUAUAAAUGAAAGUGCUGGGCGGAGGGGCUUUCCCCACAUUUACCAAGUUUAGUAUAAAAAACGACAACUUUGCUGACAGUUUAUGUCUCUGCAAAAAGAUUCUCCCAUUGAUUAGGCUUCUUAAAAACAAAAUACACAGAAACCUAGAAAAUGUAAUGAAAUAUUACUGAUUGUGUUAGUUUACCAAAUCAAUCUAUUUUGGGAGAAUGUUGGGGAAAAUGCCAAGGUUAUAAAAGUUUGUUUCAGUGAUGUGCAUUAUGUGUCUUCGGCUUUCAGGAGUCUUGUGUUGCAUUUUCAGUGUACUUAUAUACAAUUAUAACAGCUCGUAUGUUCAUUUACUAUCUUGUCUUAAUGUUGAAUUGUGUAGUUGUCCUUUGCGUGUGUGUCUUGACAAUAUUGUAUACUCAUGAUGAUCACAUUGACAAUAUUUACUGAACUGUCUACAGAUUAAUUACCUGGUAAUCUGGCUAAAUCUUAAAUGGCAGCACACUUGAAAGUUUACAUGAUCAAAUAUAUUACAGAUUAUAUCUUAAUAACACGAUUUACACAGCUUACAACUAACUCAUUUGUCUGUGAAAACAUCUGCUGUAUAACAAAGUGUACACCCAUGCUUAUCUGAAAUAAAGGAUGUUUAUCAGCA